GUGAGUGUGUGUGUGAGAGUGUGUGCAUGUGUGUGUGUGGCUAAAAUGUGCUUUUCAAAGUGCUGAGAGGUUGAUGGGAAUGUUUGAUUAGCUCCUCUGAGAAAAGAGAAAAGUUGCUUGGACCUCUUCUUGUUUCUUCUUUAGAAUAAUUUGGAUGGGAUUUGUGAUGCAGAAAAGCUUAAGGAAAAAAGGAUAUCCAUUCUGUGUGGUGGAAAAUUUUUGAAAAAAAAAUUGCUCUCUUCAAACAAGGGUGCCAUUUUGAUAUUUAUGGGGAUUGUUGUCCUCACUAUGAAGGCAUCUGUUAUUGAAAUGUUCCUUGUUUUGCUGGCGACUGGAAUACACUCAAAUAAAGACAUGACCAAGAAGAUCAAAAGGCCCAAGUUCACUGUGCCCCAGAUCAACUGCGAUGUCAAAGCUGGAAAGAUAAUCAAUCCCGAGUUCGUCGUAAAAUGCCCAGCAGGAUGCCAAGACCCCAAAUACCACGUUUACGGCACGGACAUCUACGCCUCCUACUCCAGCGUGUGCGGCGCCGCGGUUCACAGUGGCGUGCUCGAUAAUUCCGGAGGGAAAAUACUUGUUCGGAAAGUUGCUGGACAAUCUGGCUACAAAGGGUCUUACUCCAAUGGUGUCCAGUCGCUGUCGCUGCCGCGCUGGAGAGAGUCCUUCAUCGUCUCAGAAGGUAAACCCCAAAGGGGUGUAACCUACCCAUCGGCUCUUACAUAUUCAUCAGCGAAAAGCCCGGCUGCCAAAACAGGUGAGGCCACUAAAGCCUAUCAGAAGCCACCAGUCCCAGGAACAACUGCACAGCCAGUUACCCUGAUGCAGGUUACGGGAGCCACGGCCACCGAAGCCACCGCUACGAGCCUGCCAAAGCCAUCCCCAUCUGCAGGUUCAACCACCAGCAGCCUCAGACCACAGCCCGUGGGCCACAGGAGCUGGGAGUUGGAUCUCUGGUCCACCAGCUCCUACGCAAGCGGCCACCACAGCCCUCGCGCCAAUCCAGGAUUUGUUCCAAAAGAAGAAUUAAGCACACAGUCUUUGGAGCCAGUAUCCCAGGGAGAUCCAAACUGCAAAGUUGACUUGUCGUUUUUAAUUGAUGGGAGCUCCAGCAUUGGCAAACGUCGAUUCCGGAUCCAAAAGCAGUUCCUGGCUGAUGUUGCCCAAGCCCUUGACAUUGGCCCUGCCGGUCCACUGAUGGGCGUUGUUCAGUAUGGAGACAACCCUGCUGCCCAGUUUAACCUCAGGACUCACAUGAAUUCCCGGGAUCUGAAGACCGCCAUAGAGAAAAUCACCCAGCGAGGAGGGCUUUCUAAUGCAGGCCGGGCCAUCUCCUACGUGACCAAGAACUUCUUUUCCAAAGCCAAUGGGAACAGAGGCGCUGCACCCAACGUGGCUGUGGUGAUUGUGGACGGCUGGCCCACAGACAAGGUGGAGGAGGCUUCGAGGUUCGCAAGAGAGUCAGGAAUCAACAUUUUCUUCAUCACCGUCGAAGGUGCCUCUGAGAAUGAGAAGCAGUACGUGACAGAGCCCAACUUCUCGAAUAAGGCUGUGUGCAGAACAAACGGCUUCUACUCGCUCAAUGUGCAGAGCUGGUUCAGCCUCCACAAGACGGUGCAGCCCCUGCUGAAGCGAAUCUGUGACACGGACCGCCUGGCCUGCAGCAAGACCUGCUGGAACUCCGCCGACAUCGGCUUCGUCAUCGACGGCUCCAGCAGCGUGGGGACGGGCAACUUCCGCACAGUCCUCCAGUUCGUGGCCAACAUCAGCAAAGAGUUUGAGAUUUCAGAAACAGACACGCGGAUCGGGGCGGUGCAGUACACCUACGAGCAGCGUCUGGAAUUUGGAUUUGAGGAUCACAGCACCAAGGCCGACAUCCUCAACGCCAUCAAGAGGGUGGGCUACUGGAGCGGUGGGACCAGCACGGGGGCUGCCAUCAACUAUGCCCUGGAACAGCUCUUCAAGAAGUCCAAGCCCAACAAGAGGAAGUUAAUGAUCCUCAUCACUGACGGGAGGUCCUAUGACGACGUCCGCAUACCGGCCAUGGUUGCCCAUCACAAGGGGGUGAUCACCUACGCAAUAGGUGUUGCAUGGGCCGCCCAGGACGAGCUGGAAGUCAUCGCCACUCACCCUGCCAACCACCACUCCUUCUUCGUGGAUGAGUUUGACAACCUGCACAAAUUUGUCCCCAAGGUCAUCCAGAACAUUUGCACAGAGUUCAACUCACAGCCUCGGAACUGAAUUCCGAGCAGGUAAAGCACCAGCCAAUGCUGCUUUCCCUACUGGCCCUGGGAUGGUCCCCAAUGCUUUAUGGGGCAGCAGGGCACGUGGGGCUUGGUGCCCAGAUGUGCUGUUACUAUUUGCCAGUGUGGUUUUGUGUACUUCCAAGCUUAGAGUGAGAAAGGUGAUCAUAGGGGUAUAGAAUGAGGGAAAAUGAUACAUCAUUUGGAGGGUGCUGGGGAUUUACAUUUUGAUGCUGGUUUUCAAAAUAAAUAGAGAGGAAAAAAAAGAGAGAGAAUAAAGUGCAGAACUUAUGACAGGCUUAGCUAGAGUUUUUCUGAGGGUUCUCCCCCAUUUUUAUUUCUAAUUAGGAUUCUGUAAACCUCACAGAUUUAAUUUUUAUGGUGACAAUAUAGGAGUUGCUUAAUUGUUUUAAAAGAUGACAUUCUGACCGUGUUGUGGAGUGUUCACAGGCUUUCUGGCAGGAUGACCCUCCGCUCGUCCCGUUCCGCAGAGCACGUGCUUUGCACUCGGUCCUGGCCCACAGGCACGACACAGCCACAGGGGUGCAAAGUGCAGCAGCAGCGGCUCCACUCCUGAUUUCCCUCCCUCUUCUCGAUUAUCUGAAUCACUGUGCACCCGCAUCCUGUAGCUUUAGGAGCAGCUGAGGAACAUUCCUGGAGGACCAAGGUGAUCUGGCCUAGAAUCCCUUGGGAGACUGGUUGCCAGGCCCCAUUCCAAGAGCUGUGGAAUUAGGGUCUGUGGGGCUGGACCCUGAAGAGGGGCAUGAUUGAUGAGCCCUCUGGCAAUACUGCUAUGCUGCCACAGAUGGAGGCCCACGGAGCCACUUCUGAGCGGUCAGUGGGACAGAGGAGCCCCUGUCUAUGCCUGCUGCCCUGGGUCCCCCCAAGUUUGAGCAUUUGCGCCAUGGUUUUCACUUGUUAACCAGAUAUUAUCAUUAAUAGCUGCAUUAAAAUAAGCCGGGAUGGGGUUUAGUUGGGCACCACUUCUUACUUCCAGCUUCUGCCAAGGACUCAUCUAUUAGAAUACGAAAUCUGUGUGUGAUGGGGGGGUGUUUGAAAGAAUCAUUAAUAAAGGUGACUUACUUGACAAAUCACGUUUUGUAAAAGUGUGUGUUAAAGGAUGCCGCUAUGAACGGAGGCAAAAAGACAGUACCUGUUGCCAAUACUUGGGACAAAAUAUCUACAGAAGGAAUUGGAAAAUAUCAUCCAUUUAGCAGAAUUUGCCUCAAGCCUGACAAAUUUCUCAGUACCUGGAGAGUGUAUUAUCAGCUCAAAAUACUGACGUCUACAGAGAAGAAUCAAUUCAAGGUGUCAGCAAUUUCAAAUUCAUUAACCAUAAAUUUUACUUUAAAAUUGACUGCAAAUAUAUUUGUUCAAAAACCUCAAAACACAAAAACUAUUUUCAAAAAAGAAAAGUUCUUUAUAAAUAUGCCAGUGACACACACUACUAGUGAGAGAUUCGGCUAAGAAACGAAAGAACUUAAAUAAGUACAAGGAAAAUUAUUCUGCCUAUGUUUGUGAAUAUGCAGAUAAUCAGUACAAAAAGUUUUUUCCAAUGUCUCUUCAGUGUAGACAUGUAAAUGUUUUAAUUGUUUGAAGGAAAAUUUAUUUUGGAAAAUAGCUUUUGAAUAUAAUUACUUUAUAUUCAAAAAGUAAAGGGCCUUAAUACAAAAGCCAAUUUGUCAUAAAUAAGUAUUUCCAAAAGUAAUGCAAUCUGAAUUAUUUUGGUGUCCUCUCUCAUUCACAAAAUUGUCCCUGGUUGGAAAAUAAAUUAUAUGGUCACUCUAGUUACAGGUAUCAUAGUUUUAAAG